AGAGUCGUCGAUUCCCUGCGCUCCGGAAACGACAAACCGACCAUAAUUGGAGCGCUCACAGCCGACAAAACGAUGAAGCUAACCGACAAGAUCGCAAACCAUGACACCCGUCACCCAUUCUACACUUUUGAGUUCUUUCCCCCACGAACAGAUCAGGGUUUUGAGAACCUACUUUCGCGUAUCUCCCGCCUUCAAACAUACAAACCGCUUGCCGUCAGCAUAACAUGGGGUGCGGGAGGAUCUACAAAGGACCGGAGCCUUGAUCUUGCGGGGAUCACACAGGCAGACUAUGGCAUCGACACCGUUCUCCACCUCACAUGCACCAACAUGGUCCCAGGUCUUGUGGACGACAUCCUUAAGGCUGCCAAAGAAAGGGGCAUCCAGAAUAUCCUUGCUCUACGCGGAGAUCCACCCCGAGGUGCCGAGCAGUGGACGCCUACUGACCCCCGCUUCAAAUGCGCCAUCGACCUUGUCUCGCAUAUCCGGUCUACCCCUGAGUUUGCAUCACACUUUUGCGUUGGUGUUGCCGCUUAUCCAGAAGGCCACCCUGACCAUGAUCCGGCUGACGGUGAUCCCAGCGAACGAGAGAUAGAUGUACUGAAAGAGAAAGUUGACGCUGGCGCUGAAUUCGUCGUCACGCAACUGUUCUAUGAUACUAGCAAAUUUUUGACGUGGAUUAACAAAGUGCGGGAAAGAGGUAUUAUUGUCCCCAUUAUACCUGGGGUUAUGCCCAUACAAACCUAUGACUCGUUUGGACGGGUUGUUAAGCUAUGUGGCGUCAAAAUCCCCCCUGCACUAAAAGCUGACUUGGAGCCCAUCCGUCACAAUGACCAGCUCGUAAAAGACUAUGGAGUCCAGCUGACAAUCGACACUAUUCGCCGGAUCACGUCUCCCGACGCGACUCCCAAUGGUCCUGCUGUACCAGGUGUCCACUUUUGCACUUUGAAUCUUGAGAAGAGUGUUCAGUUGGUCCUCGAGCGUUUGCAGUGGACAGAUGCUAGCCCUAGAAUUAAGAACAGAUUGAUUGCUGAGACGGCUGGUCCCAUCAUUCAUGCUGAGGAGCCUUCGAGUGGACUUGUCGUAACUCCAAUCACUGCCACAGACUCUGCUACCACGGCUCUGUCUCACAAAGUCCCCGAAAAUGAACCUCACCGUGAAGGAGAUAGCGCUGCAACGUGGGACGACUUCCCCAACGGUCGCUUCGGUGAUGUCAAGAGUCCCGCCUUCGGUGCUGGUGAUCAAUGGGGAGGUCUUGGACUCUCGUUGCACACACCACCAUCAGAAUGGGGGAAACCAAAGGAGAUACGAGAUCUGACGAACAUGUUUUUGUCUUAUCUCAAAGAUUCUGUGCGGACCCCAACUACGCCCUUCUCCCGCUUUCCUCUAUCUCCAGAGUCCGAGACCAUCCUGUCUCACCUCGAAGUUCUCACUCAUAGAGGCUGGUGGACUGUGUGUUCUCAGCCUGCCGUGGACGGAGCACGCUCGGAAGACGAGGUAUUGGGCUGGGGUCCUCGGGGUGGGUAUGUGUACCAGAAAGGGUUUGUAGAAUUCUUCGUCCCAGAAGAGGACGUUGGCCCCAUCCAACAAGCUAUCGAAACGCAAGGCGAGGGCUUGAUACACUUCUUCGCAAGCAAUAAUGAGGCAGGAGAAGGCUUUUUGACCAAUGUCCCUGAAGAUGGUCGAAACGCUGUAACAUGGGGUAUGUUCCCUGGGCAGGAGAUUGCCCAAACAACUAUUAUCGAGCGAGAAUCUUUCUUGGCAUGGAAGGAGGAAGCUUUCUCGAUCUGGGAGGACUGGGCUUCUUUCUACCCCCCUGGGUCGCCAGAGCGGAAUUGUUUGGAGAGCAUACGGAAACGCUGGUGGCUACUGAGCAUCGUACAUCAUGACUACCGACGCCCUGAUGCACUGUGGAGUUUCCUUGAAGGGAUUGCCAGAACUAGUGCUAGGACGUCGGCAUAAGUGAUGCUUGGCGAAAUAUUACCGAACAUAUAUAGAACUUUUCUUGGCUUAUAUUACCUGACAAUGCCUGUACUUUUACAUAGCUCAAAGCUACGAUAAGG